GGAAACGGGUGAGAAGUAGCUAGAAAACAAAAGAGAACACGCAGUCGUCCUCGCGAUUUGGUAUGCUCUUGCAGUGUUAUAGGAAUGCCCAAGGAAAAAUAUGACCCGCCGGAUCCCAGGCGGAUGUACACAAUUAUGUCAACCGAGGAGUCAACCAACGGGAAGAAGUCAUACUGGGCUGAGCUGGAAAUCAGCGGCCGUGUAAGGAGUCUCAGCACAGCCCUGUGGUCUCUCACCCAUCUUACUGCCCUGCACAUUAGUGAUAACUCACUGUCAUGCAUCCCGCCAGACAUUGCCAAACUACACAACCUGGUGUACCUGGAUCUCUCAUCCAAUAAGAUCAGGAGCUUGCCGUCAGAGCUCGGCAACAUGGUAUCGCUCAGGGAACUGCUUUUAAAUAACAACCAGUUGCGAGUUCUGCCAUUUGAGUUGGGGAAACUGUUUCAGUUACAAACACUGGGGUUGAAAGGAAACCCACUUGCACAAGAAAUUAUGAGCCUCUACCAGGAACCUGAUGGCACGCGGAGACUGCUCAACUACUUGUUAGACAAUCUGGCAGGGGCUAUCAAGCGCAGUGAGUCCCUCUGUGGCAGUUCUGAGACCGGACCAGGACUAGCAUAUUUCCCAACAGAGCUGCCACCAGCCCGGUCAUGGAUCUCACUCCAGGAACCAGACCGAACACGGGCCUCAGCACUGUUCUCUGUGAUGUGCUACAAUGUGCUGUGUGAUAAGUAUGCCACACGUCAGCUAUAUGGCUACUGCCCCUCUUGGGCUCUUAACUGGGAGUACAGGAAGAAAUCCAUCAUGCAGGAGAUAAUGGGCUGCAAUGCAGACAUCAUCAGUUUGCAGGAAGUUGAGACGGAGCAGUACUACAAUUACUUCUUGCCUGAGCUGAAGGAGCAUGGGUACGAGGGCUUCUUCAGUCCAAAGUCACGAGCCAGGACGAUGUCAGAGUCGGACCGUAAACACGUUGAUGGUUGUGCGAUUUUCUACAAAACAGAAAAGUUCAGCGCAGUGCAGAAACACACAGUGGAGUUCAACCAGCUGGCCAUGGCUAACUCCGAGGGCUCGGAGGCUAUGCUGAACAGGGUGAUGACCAAGGACAACAUCGGUGUCGCUACGCUGCUUGAGGUCCGCAAGGAGAUGAUGGAGGCCUCCUCUGGAAAGUCCCUCCAUGGCAUGGAGAAGCAGCUGCUCCUGGUGGCCAAUGCCCACAUGCACUGGGACCCAGAGUACUCUGACGUCAAGCUGAUCCAGACCAUGAUGUUCCUGUCGGAGGUGAAGAACAUCGUCGACAAGGCCACACGCAGCCUCAAGCUGUCCUCUGUCUCUGGUGAGAUCAAUGCCAUUCCACUGGUGCUGUGCGCUGACCUCAACUCCUUGCCUGACUCUGGUGUCGUGGAGUACCUCAGUACUGGUGGCGUUGACUGCACCCACAAGGACUUCAAGGAGCUCCGUUACAGCGACAGCCUGACCAAGUUCAACUGCAAUGGCAAGAGCAGCUCGUCCAACGGCAGGAUCACCCACGGCUUCAAGCUGAAGACCGCUUAUGAGAACGGCCUGAUGCCUUACACCAACUACACCUUUGACUUCAAGGGUGUCAUCGACUACAUGUUCUACUCCAAGCCUCACCUGAACGUGCUGGGUAUCUUGGGCCCCCUGGACCCCCACUGGCUCGUAGAGAACAAUGUCAGCGGCUGCCCACAUCCCCACAUCCCCUCCGACCACUUCUCCCUCUUCGGCCAGCUGGAGCUUCUCCUGCCCAAUUUGCCCCCCCAGGUCAAUGGGCUCAAUCUGCCUGCACGCAGGUAGUGAGUCCCUGCCACGUCACCAGGGGGAGCUGCAACCACAGACCCUCCUCCCUCCCACUACCAGCUCUUCCCUCCACCAUACCGGAGGAGGAAGACAAAUACACAACCUGUAAAAUAUUCGUACAGUGAGUUAUGGCCGACAGGGAUUUCGUAUAAUGUUAUAGAUGAUCUAUAUAUUUUUUUUCUCCGUUUUUCUUUUUUGUUCUUUUUUUUUAACUGCUUGAUUCAGUCCUGUUCGUGUAUCAUAUUUUGUGUGUUUGGACUCCCCCUCCUCCUCAAAUCCACCCACCCACUUUGCUUCUGUCUUUCAAACUCUAGGGGAUGGUAGCUCACUCGGCUUUGUUACACGGGGCACCGUUUGGCUUUAGAGCCAGGGGAAACUGAGAAGUGGCUGAGGGGCCGACGUCCACCUGAAAAGCUCCCUGGCUGAUGGUCUGCCUGUCUGUCCUGUAUAAAUCUGAAACCAGCAACGGCAGCAGGCUUGUCGGUCUCGGACUUCCAUCUUUGGCCUGUGCUUGUUUCCCCCUGACCUCUGGGCAGCCAGCAUACUUUGUCUCUUUUAGGAUUUGCUCAUUGGCGAGUCGGAUGUUGUUGGGUCGGCUCAGCCGUUCAGCUGGUAGUUCAGCGGUCCCCUAGAUGGAUGUAUGAGGUGAGAUUUCUUGCUGCCGUUCUGUGGUGCUGAGGCCUUUUGUGUGGUCACGGCCUCCCCGUGGUGCUACACCAUAGUCUCCACCUCCCACCCGGCCCUGGCGCGUUAGCUACCGAUCCCACAGAUGCCUCGAGAAUCUGAUGUCCCGAAAACUACAUUUGCCCCGUGUCACUUGGGCUGCAUGUCGUGUUCAUUUGUGAUGGAAGGGUGCGGUGAUAAACUGAGGGCAGCUACCAUCUUGUUUGCCGACUGUUAAACCCCAGCUUGUGUAGUUGUGAGGCUCGGCCUCUGUUGAGGAGCGCAUGUGGCCCACGUACCCCCAUUGUUGGUCACGGGAUUUAGGCUGAGGGGCGUUCACAAAUCUUUUCUUUGUCUCGAUUGCUUUUAGGUGGAGAGAGUAAUGGCUAAUGCAUAGGAGUUCCUCUCGCUGUCUGGAGUUGCCAUUCAACUCCACACAUGCAAGCUGACAGACACACUUGCAAACACAACUCGACACACAACACAGGUAAUUUGCAGGCAGAUCUGUAGCACUGUCUGAGGCCAGUAGUGACUUUCCCCAGCCAUAAAUUCCACACACGAAAGCCGUGGUUUUUUCCACAAGUGUUUGUACAGAAUAGAAAUCUAGACUCAGUCUUUACAUGAUUGUAUAUGAACCACAAAAGACCUGUUUUUUGGCGUUUUUUUGUACUAAGAGUAAAUUAUGAUCAGAUUUGAAAAAAGGAUUGUAUUGUAAACUAUGGCUAAAUUUUUAUCCAGUUAAUGUUGAGAUGAAUUGAUAUUACCAGCUUGUACAAAAGACGUAAGAAGAGGUUGUUCAAGGCGUUCACUGUCACAACGUUGCACUCCCUAGAUAUUAUUAACUAAUUAAUGCAUCGGUAUCGUUUCUCUCUUUCUCCACCCGACCCCCUGCUGUUGAUUUAAUAUGCCGACCUAUUGCUGCAAUUGUAAAUAGACCCCAGAGUAGUCUGCCUGUUGCUUCUUGCCCGUUAGCAAAGCCAUUGAUCCUCACUGCUGCCAUCAGUUCAGAUAAAAAGACACGAGUCGGCGCCCACCAGUGACUCCACAGCUGUUCAUCUGUAUAUCUCACACACACUCCACUAGUGACGUGUGACCCGUACAACGUAUAUUAAUCCCACAUGUACAAGAAAACAUCGUGCCUCACUGUAGCAGUUGUCGUUGUCUUGCACUAUUUACAUUUGACGAACGCCUGAACAACCUUUUCUCCUUUUAUUUUUAAAUACUGUUGAGACAUUUGUGAAGAUUUUAUGUCCUUUUUAUUGUUUUUUGUUCAUGUUGAUUACCUUUUUUAUGAGCUGUGACAAUGUUAUGAUGAUGUGUAUAUUCUUCCUAUUCAUUGAGCUCUCUAGUAAUCAGGUAUGCUUUCUCCCCUCCUGACACGAGUACGAUGUGUAAUCUGUGUUCGACCCACUCUGAUUGUGUCCCCGAGCACGGCGCCGCGCCCAGAACCCCAACAUAUCUAUAGUCCGCUGCUCCUCCCCAUGGCCAUGAAUUCUAAAUCUCCUAUGCCUGUCCAUCACCCGAUCCCCCCCCCCCCCCCCCUAUAUUACUCAAGCUGUGUCUUUUUAAACCCCCGUGCUCAACCACUCUGUAUAGUUCUCUUCCCCUCGUCACUGCAGCUAGUGCCAUCUGUGGACCGCCUACCUCUGCAUUGGAAAAGGUGGAUGCCCACUUUGCUUUUGGAUGACCGAGGGCUGAGGGGCAGUGAGCUCGGCUAUUUCUCUCUAAAAGCGAAGCCGGCAUGAAUCAAAUUUGUGACGUCUCAACAAAACAGAUGUAUUCAACCGACAUGCUUUUUACUCCAAAUCCACCGGAUGAGGAGCACUUGAUGGAUUAAGAUGUAGCUCCCCUCACUCUGGUCCAUCAUCUUGGCAAAUAAAGUUUGAAUUUACUUUAAUGUGUAUGUUGAAAUUAAAUUUGUUUUAAAGCAAGAGGGAAGCAAGUCAAUAGGAAGUACACGUUUAGUCCUCAGAUCAAGGUUCCUGGUCCCUUUGUUUCCUUCCCCCUUGCAUGUUUGUCUUUUAACUUUUUUCAAUGGAAACCAAUGUGUCCAGUUUUUUUCUUCCUGAAUGGCAUUAGUAUUGUAGUAGAUUUAAAGGAUAGCUUUUUUGUAAAGUGUGAAUAAAAGAUGUAUCUCAA